AUGGCGGAUGUCCCUGGGGUUCAGAGAUCGCUUCCCAGUGGCGGCCCGGAGCCUCGAGACCCGCUGGACUGCUGGGCCUGCGCGGUGCUGGUCACGGCCCAGAAUCUCCUGGUGGCUGCCUUCAAUCUUCUCCUGCUCAUGCUGGUGUUGGGGACCAUCCUGCUACCUGCUGUCACCAUGCUAGGCUUCGGCUUCCUCUGCCACUCUCAGUUCCUGCGCUCCCAAACACCCGCUUGCACCGCACACCUUCGGGACCCAGGCUUCACGGCCCUGCUGGUCACCGGAUUCCUGCUCCUGGUCCCUCUACUGGUGCUUGCUCUGGCCAGCUACCGUCGCCUGUGUCUGCGCCUUCGCCUGGCUGACUGCCUCGUGCCCUACAGCCGAGCGCUCUAUCGGCGACGGCGUCCUCCACAACUGAGGCCCACCCGGCCCUCCCCGGCAUCCCCGGCUGUCCCCACAUCGGGGAAGGUCUGGGUUUGAGGAACAUCUCCAAUGACUGUCCUUUUUUCCCAGUCAGCCCAAAUACUUGAAGCCAGGGGGUCUGUUUCCUAUCUCUCCCCUGCUUGCAACC